AUGUCAGGAUACCAAGCGACUCCGCCGCCGGGUGGAAAUUACUAUCCUCCGCCGCCUGACACAGGCGCAUACGACCAACCAGGACAGCAACAAGGCCAACAGCAAUACUUCUCGCCUCCGCCAGGCGGCCAGUCCUACCCACCACCCCCUUCCUCUCCCCCCGCGCUCCAGCAGCAACAACAGCACUACCCACCUCCCCCGGGCGGUGGUCAACCAGCGCCCCAGCAUGCGCCGCCCCAGUAUGCGCCGCCCACAGAGCACGCGCAGCAGCAACACUUCCCGCCACCCGGCAGCGGAUACCCGCAACAGCAGCAGCAGCAAGGCUACCCGCCGGAGAAAGGCUACCCGCCGGAGAAAGGCUACCCGCCGGAGAAAGGGCCUCUGAGCCCAUAUGGCGCGCCGAGUCAAAGCCCACAGCCAGGCGCAGGCGCAGCGCCCCCAGCGACAGAUGAUGUGGGCACAUUCAACGGUGGGAGCUAUAGGGUGAGCCAUCGAGACACAAACACCAUCUUGACGGUGCAGUUGGCGAUUGGGUGUCCGUUUACUGCGAAGCCAGGCGCCAUGAUCGCAAUGUCCCCAACCGUAACCCUAAAAGGCACCAUGAAAUUCUCCCUCAAAAAAGCCUUCGUCGGCGGCGAGAUGUCCAAGUCCUCCUACACUGGUCCUGGCGAGCUUCUCCUCGCGCCCGCCGCCAUCGGCGACAUCACCAUCAUCAAGCUGGGCGGCCACGAGCAGUGGAGCGUGGGCAAGGAUGCGUUCCUAGCGUGUACUCAGGGUAUUGUUUCCGAGUACAAGAGCCAGGGACUGGGCAAAGCCAUGUUCAGCGGCGAAGGACUGUUCGUGUACAAGAUUAGUGGACAGGGUAUACUCUGGUGCACGAGUUUUGGCGCUAUUAUUCGUAAAGAUCUGCAAAAAGAUGAGAAAUACAUCAUCGAUAACGGUCACCUUGUCGCUUGGAACUGCAAAUACGUUCUCGAGCGCAUAGCUUCCGGGGGUCUCAUGUCGAAUAUGAUGGCUGGCGAGGGGCUGGUGUGCAAGUUUACUGGCCCUGGAACUGUUUUCAUGCAGACGCGGAAUGCGCAGGCGUUCUCGGCGUGGUUGGCGGCCAACGCGGCGCAGGUGUAG